AUGACCGACCAAGAGUCGGCUCAGAUAAGCACUCAACACGAGAUAGGGAGACAUGUAGGGACGAGAGGAGGGGGCGGGGGGGCAAGACACUUCUAUACUUACAGAUUAGGAGUCGUCCUUUUCAACUAUGUCCGGAUUAAUGUGUGUCACCGAGAGCCAGUCUCCCGCUCUACCUUGUCCCUGAAUCGAUGGUGGGACUACAGGGAACGCCUCUCUACAAGGCGGGGCGGCGGUUCAGUAGCCAAAAAUGAACGGUGGGGAACGGUAACUAAUCAACAAGAAGAGGAGAGCAAGGUCGAGAAGGAAAAGGUUAGGGUGGAGAGGGAGGAUAUGCAGUUGGCAGAGUUGUACAUAUAUAUGUGUCUCGAUGAAAGUGUCGACAGUAAGGAAGGAUCGACCCUGAAAUUGUCAACAAAACUUGUUGGAAUAAGUGUACGAAUGUCGACGGCUGCACGUGGAAAGACGCGCCAAACGUCUUCGCUUGCAAAAGUGACCAAGAGCGAUUCGAGCCGAGGUGUCCGUUUCCAAGAGCGCUGCGUCCAGAGAGAGGACCAGGUGGCCAACCAAGAGAAAGGACAUCAACAGGAGUCGAGACAGUGA